AUGGCGUGCACCAUGUGUCGCCCCCUUUCGCUCCUUGGCCUCUUCCUCAUCCUGACGCCGCUGCUGUGUGGGUGCACCGGCGGCGGGUUCAGCGUGGAGCUCAUCCACCGGGACUCCCCGAGGUCGCCGUUCCACGACCCGUCGCUCACCCCGCGCGCCCGCGUGCUUGCCGCCGUGCGGCGCUCGUACGCCGGCUCAGGCUCUCCUGGCCCUGACGGCGCGGUGUCGGAGGUGAUCUCAGGCACGUUCCAGUUCUUCAUGUACAUGAGCGCCGCGACGUCGCUCCCCCGGAGGUUCUCCUACUGCCUCACGCCCUACUUAAGCGACGUGUCCUCCGCGCUCAACUUCGGGUCCCGCGCCACCGUGACGGAGCCGGGCGCGGUGACCACUCCGAUGGUGCACUCCCCCGUGCACGUGGAGGCGUUCUACACCGUCGAGAUCGUGGCCCUCAGGAUCGGGAGCUCGAUCAUCAAGCUGCCGAAGCGGUCCCCCGUCAUCGUCGACUCCGGGUCGCUGCUGACGUCCCUCGACAAGGAAUUGCUGGACCCCGUCGUGGAGGCGGUCACCGGGAGCAUCAAGCUCCCGCGCAAGCCGCCGCCGUCGCCGAACCCGGAAAUGUUUUCGGUGUGCUACGAGGCGGACGGCAUGAAGGCGCUGGAGAAGGUAUUCCCGGACGUGACAUUGGAGCUGGGCGGGGGCGCCUUGCUCACGCUCAAGGCGGAGAAUUUGUUCGUGGACCUUCUGCUACGGACCGUGUGCUUGGCCGUGGUGCCGGUGACGUAUGAGGGGUCGGUGCCGACGAUCGGCAGCAUCUUGCAGCAGAACAUGCACGUCGGCUACGACCUCGACAAGCGCACCAUCACCUUCGCCCCUGCCGACUGCGCCACCUCCUACCCCUCUCCUCCCGCCUCAUCUGUGUAG